UGUACACUAGCCUUGUCUGCUACUCACUAGCCAGCUGUUGGCAGGGAUGACUCAUACUCAACUUGUCAAUUAAACUACCCUACACUUCCCUCACCAUGGCCGGUCUGGGCGCUAAGGAUAUACUUCGCAAUGUGACGGCGUUAGAACAGUUAAUUGAGGAAAUCAACUUCCAGAGGGCUAAGGAAAUGCGGCAGUGCCUCAUGUCCAAAGAUACAGAUACGGGGUUUGUCAUGGUGCAGGGGACCACUUACUGGACCGACCUUUUUGUCCGACACUUCCUCUUCCAGACUGAUCGUUCUACAGAUGCUGAUGAUCUCUUAUUUUUUAUCAGAAAGAAACAUCUGAAAGGUUCACGAUACAUUCCAAAGUAUCAGACAGAAGUAGAAGUGUAUAGGAGAGACAGUCGCAAGUUGCCAAUUGGAGAUCCUGAUAUUGACUGGGAAGAAACUGUCUACCUUAAUCUCAUCAUUCAUCAGUUUGACUACACCCUUACACUGGCUGUUUGUACACGGACAAGUCCAAAAGACCUUCAGGUGCUUCGUCGACAUUCACAGAAAGUUUAUGCAAGCCCAAGCCGGCGCCGGAUGGACACAAAAGGAGAAGUGGAAGAGAUAACCUACCCCAAUGUUUGCUUUCAUGUAGAUAAUUUUGAUGAGGUGUUUGCUGAUAUGCUAGUGCGUGAUGGAGAGAUGGUGUGUGUGGAGCUUGUGGCCUCUGACCAUGCUGGCACCCGCCAAGCUGUCAUCUUCUUAGGCUCCAUUAGGUACGAUGCCCUGAAGCGUGUCUAUGAUGCUCGGGCAAGUUUAAGCAGCAAGGUGGCCCAGAGGAUGAUGAUGGGACUCUUUGCCGGUAAUAGUAACCAACGGAUAGAGUUUGUACGUAUGAAGGGACCACAAGGGAAGGGUCAUGCAGAGAUGGCUGUGACUAAACCCAAAGGUUCAGGUGUGGAGACGCCCACAUCAGAACCUGGUGUGAGUUUAACAGACAUGUGGGACUGUGACUGGGAAGAUGAGCCAGAAGACAGGUUUAUAUAUCGACACCAGCGCCGCCUCAGUGACCCCAGUGCCAACUUCAACACUUUCAUUAACUCUGGUUGGAAGUCUCGGUCAGAGGGAGCCAGGUCACGGUCGGAGAAUGAAGGAUUGGAUUACUUUGCGGAUGGAUUGUACGAGAUUGAGUCGGGAGACGUGCGAGAUGCGGUGUGUAGUGGUAGAUGUUGUUCUGUGGUAGCAUGCAACACAAUUCGAGAAGAGGAAGAAAUGCCGCAGGAAGUGCAGUGUGCCAAAUGCCGCCACUUUCAUGGGGACCAGCCAGUGGGGUCUGGCCCCCCACUAGAAGCUAGCAAAAAAUCCACUCAGAGCUUAGACUUAACAGGUCUAAUGCCCGAAUGUGAUUCCCCACUCCCUGAGCCGUCCUUGUGUCGUCCUCCCACCCCUGAUUCUCCUCAUGAGGGCAGUCCCCUCCUGUCCUCUUCUCACUCAGAAUCACCCAACUUAACUGAAAAGCAGUUCAGUAGCCAGACUGUAGCUGAAGUACAAACCAAGACUUCUGCUUUUAGUGAAUCAGAAAUCAGUGUGCCAAAUGAUGACAGUGCAACAACACAAAGAGAAACCAGUAUAAAAUCUGAUGUACCUGAGGUGUUUGACUCUGGGGGGCAGGAUACAGAGGUAGUUGAUGACAGCUCCAAAGAGGAGGUAUUUGUAUUGAUUGACUCAAAGCCAAGAACUGAUAUAGAUUAUCAUGCAGUAAGUGAAACCUCUUUUAUUAGCAAAAGCAUUCAGGAUCAGAUAUCCAAAGCAAACCAGUCAUGUGUUGCUCCUUGUUCCACCAAAACUGAAUCAGAGACACCGGUGUCUCCCACAAGAUCUGUAAAGUCUCGCACUAAGAAGCCAGGUGGCGCCCAUAGAGUCCAGCUGUCAUCACCAUCCAAGACAGUUAAUUCACAAGAAAAUAUUUCUGCUUCUUGUGACAGUUUAAAUGAUUCUGAAGUUUUGGGCAGCCCAGCUGCAGUUGACCCCAUCCCGUCCACUUCCAAAUUACCUCUUGACUCUUUUGAUGAAGAAGAAAGAAUAAGUGUUAAAGUAAAACCUCCACUAGAGAAGAGUCUCUCAGUUGAUUCAGCAAAAAUGGCUGCCAUGGCAUCAAAAUUGGAGUGCAUACAGUCGACAUCUGAGUCUUUAACAGCCCUAAACCUGAGCCCUGUCAAGAGAAAAAGAAAGAUCUCAGUGCCAUAUAGAGUAACUCCAGAUGGCACCAAAGUUAACUUUCUCUGCGAUGUCAAACUGGAUGAUGGAGCAUAUAACCCCCUGUGGACAACAAAAGGCUUCACUCAGACAUUCCACUUUUGGAAGGAGUCCCGGCGAGCCCAAUCUGUUCCAUUAAAUGCCUAUCUCACUUACGUCACACUGCCAUGGUUCACCAUCAUCACAGAUAUACUUGAUCAUCGGACUGGUCCCAUUCUCACCUUCUAGCACCUGUGUGGUGGACCUGUGGACCUGGCCUUGGUGGGUGGUAUCUCUCACCUUGUACUUCAAAUACUGUUCAUGUGAGGUGUAUCUGAAAAGUCUCCACCUGUAUACAAUGACUACCCAAGGAUGUCUUUAACAGAUAAUUGUUAUUAUUUUGGAACAGCAGUUUUAUACUGUACUUUAUCACGAAGUUACAAAACUAAACUUGGUUUCAUAAGUAAUCUCAGGACAUCAAGUACAUCCAGACGAAGAGUAGACAAUUCUUUAUUUUUCCAUUUAUGCUCAAUGCCCAUUACAAAUCAGACAAUAUAUGGAAAAGAAGGAUAAUAUGAUUGAUAUUGUACAAACUUUUGAGACAAUGUUACUAAUGAAGAAAACUAGAACCUUAUACCGUGAUAAUAUUGCUGUAUGCUCUGUGCUGUGUAAAUUGUACACAACAUCCCUGAUAAUCAUCAUCACCAAAUAUGAUAUGUCCAAGCUCAUUCCAGUCAUGUUUACCAAUGUCUUAAGCAUGUAGCCCUUGUAUCUGACGUAUAAUUCCUUAGGUGUCCUUUUCUCAUCCUAUUCUUAAAUAUUUUCAUGUUAACUCAUUUCAUUUCUUACUUUGUAUUACUGACACAAAUUUAUUUAAUUCCUAAAUUUUCUGUACAUCAACGAUCAUCUAUAGCUCUGUUGCCAUUUAUUUUCUAAUACGCUACUGUACACUACACUUCAGUGUUGUUACCUGAACCGUAUUAUUUAUUUUACAUGUAUUUUUAUAUAUCUCUUCAGGCUGAGUAGUUGGUGGCAUACAUCAGUAAUUUAAGCUCUUAGACAGAGUCUUAAAAGCAUUCAUGCCUUCCCCAUGAAGGGUUAGCUCUGUGUAAGUAUACCAGUGAAUGUCUUGACUGCCUGAUUGAUCAGCCAGUCAAAUAAUCCAUUGAUUUGUUCGCCUUAUCAGCUGUACGACACCAAAUGUAUUGAAAGAGGAAAUAUAUGCUAUUAAGAUAUUAAUUGGGGAUACAACUUAUAAAGUGUGUAUGAGUAAAGUGUUACUGUAUAUGGUGUUAAAUGAAAUGAACAGGAUGAAUAGGAAGGCUAAAUCUAGAUAAGUAAUGUUAACCUUUAAGCAGUGGCCAUCAUCAGUGGAAGUUAGCUGUGGAUAGUGAAAGCUGGAAAUGUGAAAAAUUGAGGUGAAAAGCUUGGCAUGUAAAAUGUGGAGAUUUGAAAGUUUGGGAUGUAAAAGCUUUGGCUGUGAAAGCUUGGGAACUAAAUGUCAGGGAUAUGAAAGCUGGGGGCAUGACAGCUGGAGAUUUUAAAGCUUGGUGAUGUGGAAACUUUGGGUGAGGGAAGCUUGAGUACAUGAAAGUUUGGAGGCACAGAAACUUCAGGAUGUGGGAGGUUGAUAUGAAAGUUUGAGGGUAUGGAAGCCUGGAGAUAUUGAACUUGGAGGAGUUGGGGGAUAUAAGGUUGACUGAAAACAGGAAUAUCAAGCGAGUUGAAAUUAUAUAAAUAUUAAGAAGGGGACUGAAGGGAAGAUAGAUAUUUUUUCAGUAAAGUCAUGAUACAGUACAAGUUUACCAUUUUUUGGGGGGGGCAUCUAUAUUUUGUUUGUCUGACAUAUAAAUAUAGGUUAAACAAAUAUUAUAAAUUAGGUUUUAUACAUAACUAAAACUUAAUUUUUUAUUUUUUAACACUACUAUUACUCUUCAAAUUCUAUCAUCCAUUAUCCUCUUCUCAUCUAAACCUCUCGGUGUUUUUCUCCAGACCCACUCAAACACUCCACAUCCUUUGUUUUUUCCCUUGUAUCUGAUUUCCAGUUUCCAUAUGCAGUGUUCUCUGUAAGUGGUAUGGAAAAUCAUCAUUCAUCUUAAAUACAAUGUAUUUUCUACAAACCACAUUAGUUUUGUUAUGGAUGUCUUCCAGUAACAGGGCUGCUAGAAGAGUGGUCUUCUUUGCCUAAUGAAAUGUGUGUCACAUUGGAUAAUAAAUGGCUUGAGACAGUAAUUUUUGAAGAAGGGAUGAUGUAUAUGUAGAUCAGAGGAGAAUAUACAGCAAGGCUUGAGAAAGGUAAAGAAUGAUCUUGAACUUGGAAGACUACUUUGGUAAAAAAACUGAGAACUGUGUGUUAAAGUGGUGUUAUGUGGUAAUGGUAGCUGUAGAAGAAUACCAUUACUAAAUGUUCAUAUUCACAUCAGCCUAUUCCUUAUAAUGACAUGUGUGAUAUUUUUAAUCACAUAUGUGAAGGCAUUUCCACAUUGCUCCAACUUCAGGUUUCUAUUAAAAUUUGACUAGAUAUGCUUCUCUGCUCGCACUAACAAGAUCUGAUCAGUAAUAGAUGAUUCAGAGUCUACAGUAUAUAAAUCUUGCUACAUAUUUAAGAACUCUUUGUCUUGAGAAUAUACCAUUACUGUACUUGAACAAAUAUUUUUGAAAUAACGAGACUUAGUGAUGAUGACGAUGACUUUUUAAGUGUUUAUACGUAUUAAAUUUUCAUCUUUUUAUUAUUAAACAGUAAGAAGUAAAGUGAUUGCACUAGAUUUCGGAUGUUAAUCAUAAUCAUUUUUGGAAAAACAUGUUUAUCGUGUCACAAGAAAUGAGUUGAUCACAAAUGCAAUGUUUGUGUACUCUGUAUAUGACAUCUCCUAUAGUGAAUACAGUAAAACCUCAUUAAUAUUUCUUAAGUUAAUCAGGGGUAAAUAUAGUAAGCACUCUUUGUGAAGUACAAUUAUCUUGUUUCUUUCCCUGUUAAAAACUACUGAAAACGCAUUUUUACUCACAUCACCACCCAAAUUAUAGACCAAUAGGUUUUAAAUAUACUUGAGUAUACAGGAAUGAGACAGACUAUCGAAGGUGAUCCAGUACAAAACCAGUGGAUAAAACUUUUUCAGAGAGAUUAAUUUAGAUAUCUGUUAUCAAUUAAUACAGGGCAUAAAAACAUUUAAAAAUUAGUAUCGUAAUAGAAAAUCCCUUGUACGUACAUGUACUGUACAAAAAAUAACAGUUGGUGUGCAGCGACAGUGCAGAGAAUGCACCUGUUCUGUUCAGUUGCUAAAUAAUGACUGACUUUUUGAGAUGCAUCAGCCACAUCACUGACAUACUAUUGUUGAUGAGCUUAAACUUCUAAAAUUUUUACCAACAGCUGAACAAAAUAACAAGAUGAAUAAAUACUUUCCUGUAUAGAUCCAUCAUAAUACAGUACAGUCAGUAUACACAUGCCAUGUGUAUGAUAGAACACUAAACUCACCUUGGGAGAUUUGAAAAAUGAAAUUAUGAAAUUUUCCACUUAUCUCUUGGUAGUCAUCACACCAUCCACCACCUUCCAGAAAGGUAUAAGUGUACUGAUAUGUACAACCAAGAUUUGAUUAAAUUUUAAUAACAAUGACCCAUAAUGGAAAUAUGUUUGGCCUUGGAAUGGUGAAUACAGAUUACACUACAGUACUGCAUGUUGUAUUUUAGUUUAUACUCUUUCUUUUAGUCAGUCAAUCAAGGUACCAUCUCAUGUCUUAAGGGAUAAGGACCAUGGCCUUCAACUCGAUAAAGGUAUUCAGGUUAUCUGGUAAUCCUUCCAAAGUUUGUAUCUCUCUAGGGAACCAGCAUUUAAUUUCAUUCAUUCGUCUUAGUCUUUGGUUUCCCCUGACCUUUCUAUCUUCAGUUCAAACCAUCAUGUCUACUGUCCACACUUCUGAUCUGUACAACAAUACCACAAAGAUGGUUGGGGUUUUAAGUUCAGAAUUUACCAUUGCCUCUAUAUUCAGUUUCCCUAGAUCCCAUUUCACUUCAUAUGCAUUUACCAUUUUAAUUUCUUGGAUUUUGGCCUGACUGUACUCAUGCAUGGUCUAACCUACAGUCUUCUCCUGGGUAGGUCUUAAGUUUUGGUUUCCUAUUUCUUUUAAUGUAUAUUUAAUGUGUUAUUUAGGGUCAGUAGUACCUUUUUCAUAUCACACAGUAUUUUAUAUGCAUGAGAAUGUGGGUUAAGGGACCCUGGGUCCUUAUACAAGGGUUGUAUAUACAGUAUAUGUCAGUCCCAAAGGUAUGUGAACUUGAGAAGAUUUAUUUUUAACAUUAAGAAAAAUGUGGGCAAGUAAGAUUUUAUUGUACAACUAAUACCCCCCCCGGGGGGGGGGGGGGUCAGUAGUAGAUUCCUGUGCCCAGUAACAUAUUUCUUCAUAUAUAGUACAACUGAAAAAAAAACCCUGAUGAAUUCUAUACCGUUUUUUUAUACUGAGUGACUAUAAAUGUUACUAAUUCCAGUACAGGUACAGUCUAGCUUACCUGACCAACUGUGGCCUCCCUAUCCCAGUAAUUUUGACAUAAUAAAACACCCGGGAAACUUACACCAGUAAAAAUAAUUUAAGUAUAGUGUAUUUAUGUACAAACUUGUACAUGUACAGUUGAUGAAAUAAUGUUGAAUAACAAGACGAGUACAUAUUUUUAUGCACCAUUAGAAUGACAAUUCAAUACAUACAGUAUUCCACAUGCCAGCUGAUUAGUUCACCACCUGAUUGACAGACUAGUGGCAUGAUGCAAUGAAAAUAUAUUGUCCUCAAUAAAAAAAAUUCAAAUUAAUUAAAAAAUUAAUUAGUGAGGUUUUACUGUAGUGUACUUAUUUUACACCAUGCAUAUUUUUUAUUACCUCACAUUUUUUUGAUUACUGUACAUGAAACUCUUCAUAUUUUCUUACAUAAUCUGUAUUGGUAUCAUAGGUCGUGAGUAAGAAAUAUAACGUGGAGAUAACCAAGAUGUUUUUGUCAUGUUAAGAUAAUCAUGAUCUUGUAGUAAUAAGGAUAAUAAGUCCCACUACACUUUUCAGUAUUUAACACUAAUGCUCCAGAACUUGGCUUUGUGCCACGAUUUACUGUAUAAAUGAUGAAUAUGCUGAAUGGGGAAUGAAAGUAUUGAUGAGGUCAGUAUGAAAGAGAAUAUCUACAUGAAAAUGUUGAUGUCAUGUAGAGGUGUCAAUGUAAGAAAAAUAUACUCUGAUAUUGAAUGAAUUUUUACAAAUGGUUUUUGUAGAGGUAUGCUGUAUUACAUUUAAAAUAUUGUAUACUGUAAUAAAAAAAAAUUAGCAACAAUAAUCCCUGGAAAGCUAACUGAGAAUCCGCCAGAUGGUAAGUGCCAUGUUACGUCCAGAUUUUGAUAAAUCAAAUGGCUGUCUGUAAAGCGUACACGUGCUUUGAAUUUAUUUGGAUAGUUGUCAUCCAAGUAGAUCAGUAACUCCUGACAGUUAAUUAGGGCAUUAAGUAGGUUUAGCUAUACAAUAAUAGCAUGGGAAAAAUACACUCAGGCUUAACUGUUUUGAAAUCAAAUUAACCCUUAGACUCCGGGCGUCGUAGGACCCGCUGAACGGACAUAUUUUGGUAAAAAACAUUUUUUUUUUUCAAAAUCCAUUGUCACCUUAUAAAUGGGUUAAUCAAUAUAAGAAAAAUGCCAGAAGAAUUUACUUACAUUCAACUUUCGUUGUAGCAUGGUUGGAGAGUUGUUUGGAGUGUUGAUGAGCAGUGUGGAGUGAUGAAAGAUUUCUUGAUUGAAGCUACUGCGCACAGCCCACAGCGAACGGGAAGUGAUGUUCACACGCAACUGCAACACACAAUUCGUACUUGAAGGCACUUUUAUAUCAUAUUUCUGUCUUAGAGUUAUUACAAAAGACAAAAUAGUUCUAUUUUCUCAAAAGAACUAUAAAAUACUGAACAGUAGGAUUAUUCAGGCAGCACAAAUUUUAUCACUAUUUUCUUAUCACUGUAACUGUUUUCAUGGUCAUGUACCGUAGAAGUCUUUGUAACAUGGAAUGCACAAGGCAACUCCACACUCCUUGCACCAAGUCAUCAUAUCUUUGCGCCGUGGUUCUCAAAGGCUGGCGGGUUGGGGAAGGGUAGGCAGCACCAUCGCUGAUACUACAUCAGUGCCACUUAAAUUAAGCAACUCUUGAUGAACAACACUACUGUCAACCAUAUGCCUUCGCUUGCACUUUUGUGUGAGGAGUAAGGUGGGUCAUAAGAGAGGUCGAAGGACUUACAUCUCUCACAAUAUCUGGCGGGUAACUGACCCUGAGGCACGUGUCUUUUGACAAAGGCACACUAGUUGAGUUGCCAAUUACACAAAUAUCCCAUACAAAGUAUUUCCUCCUGCCUGGACAUUCAAAAUAAGCUGUGAAAAUUAAGAAUGUUCAGGAACGUCACCCGGGGUUUAAGGGUUAAUACUGUAUAUGCGGUUAGAAAUUUGUUAAAAAAAAAAAUGCAUGAAUGUGAGCAGAGACAACCAGGUAUGAAAUCUUAUAUUUAAAUGUACAUCAUUUAUAAAAUGUCAUCAGUAUAAAACCUACAUAUUGUUAAUGAAGUGUAACACCCUUUACAAUUAUUUUAAGAUAAACAUAAUUUUAAAAGAACUUCCUUUAUGUAGAUAUUUAAGAAACUAAUGGCUGGGCAUCAAAAUUACAAGAAGUUAAAGGUAAUUCUAUCUAUAUUCUAGUCAUUAAGAAGGUUGUCAUUUGUUUGCCUUGUGUAGUUAUACAGUAUAGUGUACUGUGAUGUAUAUUGUGAAGGCAGACUCUAUCUGGUGUUAAGGUCACAUCAGAGGACAAUUUUUCUCUUCCAAAACUUGAAGAAUCUUAUAGUGUAUGUUGAAUAUACGCUCUUUACUUGGCAGUCACAAUCAAGGUACAAUUACUUUAAGAUGAUUUCAGAAGUUACAGUCAAACCAAGUAGAACACAAACUAUUCAAGGUCAGUAAAUGAUGAACUCAAGUGUCUACAGUACUACAGUAUGAUUCUAUUUUAUCUGGGAAACAUUCAUCAGACACGCACACUGCCAAUAAACUAAUGUAUUUGCAUUUUUAUCUAAAGUGAAACUGAGUGCAAAACAUGAAUACAAUACUAUGAUAACAGUAAUGUGUCAUACAGAUCCAUGAUGAGUGUAUCCAUCACAGUUGACUUUUAAUCAUACUUGUUAGAUACACGGAGUUGAUUAUGCAUUACCAGUAUGUUCUGUUGGAUUAAUACUGUAUCUCUACAAUGAUGGUGCAGAUACUUGAAUCCAGAUCAAUAAAUAAAAAUAAUUUCUCUUCCAGCUGAUCAAUAUUUAUUUUCUUAUUCUGAGUUAUGCAUGAAGUAAACAGCAUAUUCUUUGAUAAUGAAUAUAUUUCUUGAAUGAGGUUAAUAAUGUAAGAAUUUCUGCUGUUCAUAUAUCACAAUAACUGCACUCUUUCAUUAUUGCCUAAAAAUUGGGAGCAUACACGAGACAUUAAUUGUCUGUUUUAGUUGAUAUGACUAAAAUGCUUUGUAAUUGUGCAUUAUAAUCAGUUACAUCUACUUCCUUAAUCACAUUUUAUUAUGCUCUUAUCAACCACUGCUCCUUUGUGUUGUCAGCUCUUAAACUGAUUUAAGUGGUAAAAGUAUUAAUUAUCCUAAUGAAAGUGAUUGUCCAGCAAAUGUUUAGGGCACAGCUUUAUAAACACUACUUGAGGUAUACACAGCAGUAGGUGUAUUAUGGAAGAAAUUUUUUGUAUAUAAACUUUUUGCCAUAAUGUGAUUUGUCUAUUUUAAAAACAAUCAUUAAUAUUUGAUAUGAUGUCAAUUGUUGAAACAAGGCCAGUAUCAUUGAGUUUAUACUUACGAUAUAAUUGGAAUCACAACUUCCUGGGUACACACAUUGUUAAAUAUCAAAUCAAAUAUGGUUGAGAUGAUUCAAUGUACAGAGAAAAUUUGAUCAUGAUAAUUACAGGUUGUUUGGGAGGAGAAGGUGGAGGUAUGCCAAAGUCUAACUCGGCAACCAAUAAUACAGUAGAGAGAGAAAGAAAAGCCCAAGUUCUUACUUUAUUUUGAAAUAGACCAUGAUGAGACUACAAAUAAAUCUGUAUUAUUUUCAGACAUUGCUAAGGGAAUGCCAGUUACAGUAUACCAUAGGUGGAUUUGAUAGGUGGGAGGGAAACACAGGAAAGAACUAAGUUUCUCUGCAGAUGGGUUCUGUGUAGCCCAAAACAUUAGAGUGAUAAAGAAACUUAGCUCUUCCCUGUGUUUCCAUCCCACCCAUUAAAUCUAUUUGUCAUCAUGGAUCAAUCAUAUACCAUAGGUCUUUGUGCCAUCUUUAUUUACCUGACUUUAUUUUAGAUAUUAACUGCUAUGAGAGUAUAUACUGUAUACUGUAUCUUAAAUCUCUGCGGUCAGUGAACUUGAGCUCUCAGAGGCUUUUUGUGAAAAUACAGUUUAUCUGAUGAAUGGAUAAGGUUGGGUUAAUGCACCUGAAAACGGUAAUGAAAUACAUACAGUAUGUCAUGCAUUUUCAACACUGAAGUACCUGUGAAACAUAAUUUUUGAUCAUUAAUGUAGCACAAGAUGUUUUAUACAUUUUUUUUAUAUUGUACAGAAUAAUGCUGAAGGCUGCAUAUUAUAGUUAAUGAACCAGCAAGUCAGCAAAACAAGUGUAAAAUUACAACAGGAUAUAUGAAGAGCGGGCCAAAUAUCAGGGUCACUUAACUUGUAUUUAGAUUCACUUCUCAGCCAUGGUAAUGAUGUAUUACAGUACAGUAUAUCAAUACCAAAUAGAUAAAGGAUUAUUCUAAUUAAAGUUCAUCAGUUUUAAGGCCCAUACAUAGCUUUAUGAAACUUCAGAUAAUUUAAUUGAAGCUAAAACUGCCAUUUCUAUCUCAUUAUCCAACAAGGGUGUCAGAAGUGUUCAGAAGUACAAAGUUGAGGAUCCCCAGUUUUGUGACCCCUCUUUCCUGGUCCUGCACUUUAUAUUUCACUUAAUGAUCAAAUUGUUAAAUAUAUAUAAUUCAUGUGGGAGUAGAGUAUAUUCUACUGCUAUACUAUUUAAGGUUCUUGAAGCUCAAGCUGUGAGUAAGAUGAGCUGUGUUGUAAAUAUAGCAUAAAAGGUUAAUGAUAACCUUCAGAGAUUUGUUAUAUUAAUCUUUUUCAAUCCUUUGAAGAUAGUUCAUAAUAAUAAUAAUAAUAAUAAUAAUACUGUACACUGACUAGCUGGGUAGUAGAACUAAAAUAGCCAUGUAUCUUUCUUAUUUUUUUUGUCAAGUAACAAUCUGAAGAAUGUUUGCUUUUCACUGUAAUCCCAGUCAGGAUGUAAAUGAAUUAAAAACACUCAAAUUACGAAGCCCAAAAGCACAUCAACUAGUUGAGAUCUGAAACAGCUGAGUUACAAAUUAAUAUUGGGCCAAAAAUUUAUAUAUUUAACAUACUCAUGUGAUGGGUCUGGAGUGCAACAAAGCAGCGUGCAUCAGUAUUUUACCACUAUACUGGCUGUGAAUCAGUUUUAGCAACCGACUCAUUUUCAUCUGAAUUUCUCGAAAUCAGUUUAUAAAAUUCCUGUAAUAUCUUUAAAAAAAAUUCUAGACGAUUAGUAAAUUCAAAAUAAGAAUUUAAAGUGGACAGAUUUUUGUAAUCUUUUAAAGUUUUAAGUAACCAAAAACUUGUUUUACACCCAAACAUUAUAGAGGAAGAGAGUCCAAGUGUAUCAGCCAUCUCUGCUACAGCUCUACUAAAACAAAAGUGCCACAGCAUUUUAACUGGUAAAACCUCUUGAACUGAAUCGUAUUAUCAUCAAGUCUGCUAUUGAAUGUAUUAAUUUUCACUAUAACUGUACAAUUAAUGUCAUGUUCUUGUUCCUUGUAAAUAACAUCAUUGUUUUAAAUGUUGGGUAAAUAUCAAAAUCUUCUCUAGGUUCCACUCAGAUCUUGGUUUUAUUUUAAUCACAUUCACUUUACAAAAAUCCAUCUAUUCUAAUGGGAAUUGAUCCAUAUAAUACAAUACAGUACUGUACAGUACUUGAAAAUAGUUAUUGUAGGUUUACAGAGAACCCAAAGGAGCAUUUUUCUGGCCUACGCUAUGUGAAUAAACUUGCUAAAUUUGUAGUUUUUGUGCUAUAGUUCAUCAGUAAACAUUAUUUUUUUAUGAUAACUCUUGAUUCGGUUACUUCUUAUUUUUAUUGAUGCUAAAAUUGGGUAAAUUUGAGAUUUUGUUAGUCGCAUAUCAAGGCACAGUUGUAAUUUUCUUAGGUCCAGCCUCCCUAGCAGUGAUAAAUACUGUUCAUCAGAUUCUAGUACCUACCCUAAUGUUCUCACCCAGUUGAUUGAUAAAUUGUAGAUGGACCAUUAGUGUUGUAUUGGGAAAGCAUUUCAGUGUUUCAUUUUGCAUCAUUGUUUUGUACAAAGUUUCAUCAUAUUUCAUUUAAUCAGGAAAAUUAUAUUAAUGUACAGUAAAAAUUUUUAAGCUUGUAAUUUUUUUUCUUGUGCCUAAAACAUAAGAGUACUGUACUUUUCCAUAGGCAAGCUAUACAUUUUCCAGAUAGCUUACUUACAGCUUGGUACUGAUUUUUCAACUGUGAUAAGCAGCUUGGAUUAAAGAGAGUGGUUGGAA